CCGAGUGUUAAGAUAGCAUUCGAAACGCAUGGUGUCUAAAGUAACCAUGUUAAUUUUCUGUUUAGGGAUGUUUGUGCUGGCGAUUAUGAAUAUAAACGCCCAAGAGACAGCUGUAUUGACAUCUUAUUCUACUUCAAACAAACCUUCAGAAUCAACCACUACACCGGCUUUGUCUACGAUUUCGACGUAUUCUGCUUCAUUUGAAGUCCCAAACACAACAUAUGACACAGUGGUUACCAACACAAAUAUGUCAUUGGUUAACAUCACAAAUGUCCAAGUGAUUUCAACCACACAUAUGUUAUUGGUUAAUACAACAUAUGGCCCGACGUUGAACACCACCGAUGCCCCAAUGUUUAACACCACAGAUCUCCAAAUAGUGUCACAGAUAAACACUACAGAAGGUCCGAAGGUUGCUGCCACAGAUGACGUUCGAUCCGGUUUACUUGACAGCAAGUCCACGACGGCAGCCCUAGAGUAUCUAGCUGUGGGUGGAGGAGUCGGUUUUACAAUCGGCAUCAUUCUAGUCAUUGGAAUCGUAGCUAUCGUCAUCGUGUGCUACAGGAAAAGAAAACAAAAGCCUACACGAACAUUAGACAAAAGCUGCCAAACAUGCGAGGGAAUGCUUGAACAUGUUUAUGAUACAAUUGCUGACCGGCAAGAAACCGCUGUCAGUUUCCGUCUACUGGAAAGAGAUGCAGUUGCCCAUAACAGUCAAGUUAACGAUUAUAUUACCCCAAAACAUGUACAUUAUGAACAUGGGAUUGCCGGAGAAUGCAGUUCAGAUUCAUAUGAUAGGACGUCGGAUGAGCAAGCUUCAAAGAUAAAUGUUGAUAGCCAUUACGUGAACACCAAAAGGUUUACAUGACACGAGUGGCCAUAAAUUCCACGCAGACAAGGUGCAUGUGUUGAAUUGUAAAUGAGAAAGUAGUUUGAUGGAAAGGUUUCCUUCUAGAGACGGAUUCACAAAGUUAGUCUGUGUAUAUGACAUGAAUUUCAUAAAGGUUAUAAUAUCGUCCGAAAUGUAAUAUAGUUGAUCAGUAUUAAUUGCAUUUCUUAUGAGAUAAAUCAUUCGGCAUUAACAUAAAUGUUGGUUUGAAAAUUGUCCGUUUUAUACAUGGACCAUGUGGUCAUUGGGUUUAGCGUAUGCUGACAUUUUAGUGCUGAUAAGGUUUAUUCCUACUUCGUAGAAGUGGAUGGCGUAACAUUAUUACAAAAUCAGGUUAUACAUAUGCAUAUUUGAUUUAUAUAAGUAGAGUCCCGUCACAAGUAUUCAAAUAAUUUAUGCAUAUGCAGUUUUAAUUACAGAAUGUAAUGACAGUUUUUCUAACUGUUUGGUUAAUUUGACAAUAUAUUGUAUCCUCCGAUUGCCGUGUAUUGAGCGGUUAAAACAUUAAGUGAAAUCAUUUCUGAAUUAAUGCAAAAUAUGCCGCAAUAAACGAUUUACCUUUCAA